AUGGCUUGGGCGAGCAGUACAAGGCUGUUCUCCGCCGUGCUUCUCGGUCCCAUCUAUAUAUCGCUUGCCCUACUGUCGGGCGAAGGCCUCAGGGACCGCCAAGGCGAGGCCACCCAAUGGUCAAACAUCAUCAGCGACGUCCUCACACCGCCGUCCCACAAGACCAAUGUCUCUUACUCGGACGCCAUUGACAACGGCGACGAUGAGGGCUACGUCAACGAGGGCAACUUGCUGGGCGAGGACGGGCAGGGAGGCAGGCUGAGGUAUUCCGGCCCCAGCCCGGCCGAGCAAUGGCACGCCCACGUAGAGCGCUUCUUCACCAUGGGCGCCCAUCACCUGGGCCUGUACUUCCGCACCGAGGAGAUUACAGACCACGGCUCCCUGCCCGUCUCGAGCGACACGGCAGCAGAGUACGUCCCGAAAAUCACGACGAGGCUCAUCUCAGUGCAGGAUGACCUGCCGCCUGCCGCGCAGAACCACGACAGGGACAACGGCGGCGGCGGCGGCGGUCCCAACCCAAAAGGCCGCUUCGUCCUGGCCCAGAUCGCCUUCAACGACGUGGGCGAGGACGACGACCCGAACGAUCCAGACGCCGUCCGCCCCGAGCGGGACAUGAACCGCACGGGGCAGUGCGCCUCGGCAGUCAUCAAUGACCUCGAGCGGAGGCUACACCAGCUCGGCGCGAGCAGAGCCCUCCUGCUCACGCUGGACGAGGGCACGUACCACACAGUGUACUGGGACGGGCGGCGCUUCGUGACACUGCUCUUCCUCGAGUUCACACCGCCGCCCUCUCACUGA